CUCCACACUCAGAACACCAGCUUGAUCAACACCAAGAAGAAGCUGGAAACAGACAUUGCCCAAAUUCAGGGUGAAAUGGAGGAGACAAUCCAGGAAGCUCGCAAUGCCGAAGAGAAGGCCAAAAAGGCCAUCACAGAUGCAGCCAUGAUGGCAGAAGAGCUGAAGAAGGAGCAGGACACCAGUGCCCACCUGGAGAGGAUGAAGAAGAACCUGGACCAGACAGUGAAGGACCUCCAGCUUCGUCUAGAUGAGGCUGAACAGUUGGCUUUGAAGGGAGGCAAGAAACAAAUCCAGAAGCUGGAGGCCAGAGUGCGGGAGCUGGAAGGGGAGGUUGAUGCUGAGCAGAAGCGCAGUGCUGAAGCCGUGAAGUGUGUGCGCAAGUACGAGAGGAGGGUGAAGGAGCUGACCUACCAGUCUGAGGAAGACAGGAAGAAUAUUCUCAGGCUGCAGGAUCUGGUGGACAAGCUGCAAAUGAAGGUGAAAUCCUACAAAAGACAAGCUGAGGAGGCUGAGGAGCUCUCCAAUGUCAACCUCUCCAAGUUCCGCAAGAUCCAGCACGAGCUGGAGGAAGCUGAGGAGCGAGCUGACAUUGCAGAGUCGCAGGUCAACAAGCUCCGAGCAAAAAGCCGGGAGUUUCAGAGCAAGAAGAUAGGCGAGGAAGAGUAAGGAUGUCAUGAGGCCUCAUGUGACCUGAGGGAUGCACAAAAUGUGAACCCUCUUGCUGCUUUCUUCUGCAAUGAGUCUUUGUAACUGUGUCAAUGUCUAGAGAAUAAAGACUGUAGAUUCCUUUGCAUACACAGCA